AUGGGACACUAUGGGCAAGAAAAAAUGGUGGCAAAGGUUGAAGCCAUAGCAUCACCUUUUAAUGAUGCCAAGGUUAAAGUUUCUAAUAGGGAGAUCAAAAGAAUCCUUGAGAAGAUUGUAAACCCAUCAAAAAAAGAUUGGGUUAUAAAAUUGGAUGAUUCCAUAUGGGCAUAUAGGACAACCUUCAAAACCCCUCUAGGAAUGUUUCCAUACCAACUAGUUUAUGGAAAGGCCUACCACCUACUAGUGGAAUUAGAACACAAGGUGUAUUGGGCCAUCAAGAACCUUAACCGUGAUAAGGAUUUGGUAGGUGAAAAGAGGUUGCUACGGUUAAAUGAGUUGUAUGAAUUUAGGUUGUGA